GGCGGGAGCUGCAGGCCACGCGUGGCUGCUCUCAGAACGUGCGCAAAAGAGCGCAUCUGAUUAAGUGCGAGCCCCAUUGCAGGGGCACUGAAGGCUGACCUGGAGGGUAUAUUUUAAACAGUCUUGCGUGUCGAUAAAUACCCCCCCCCCCCACACUCCUUGCCCGCCCGCAAUCUGGGUCCCCCCCCCCACCAGCACCACCACCUCCUCCCCCUCUUUCAGCCUCAUCCCUAAAUCCCGCACCCAUCGGCGCGGUCGGGUGGUGGUUGCCGGGAGCUUCCUUUGAACGAACGGCGCGCGCUGCGCCCUGCAGCCGAUAGCGACUGACAGACGACUUCUGCCCAGCGCACACACACACACACACAGAGCAAGAGAGGAGCGACAUCCCACGGUGCGCCGCGUUAUCGAGGGGAAGACGUUCUCCACCCCAGACGUUGGGUGGUGGUGGUGGUGGUGCCAUGGCCCCUCUCCGCGCGCCGUGUCUCAUCCUCCUGCUGCUCGCCGGCGGCGUCGGCUCCGCGAGGCAGCUCGAUACGCAGCAGCCCGUCAACGUCACCCUGGCCGUGCUGCUGCCGCUCAACAACACCCGCUACGCGUGGGCCUGGCGACGGGUGGGACCCGCAAUCCAGCUCGCCAUCGAGCGGGUCAACGGCGCUGCCGAGGCGUUCACGCCCGCGUUGCGUCUGCGUCCCGUGUACGGCAACAGCGAAGACGCGCACGGCCAAUGCUCCGAGUCGGCCGCGCCGCUCGCCGCCGUCGACCUCAAGUUGGAGCACAACCCCGCGGUGUUCCUGGGGCCCGGCUGCGUCUACCCGGCGGCUCCCGUGGCGCGGUUCACGACGCACUGGAAGGUGCCCUUGCUGACCGCCGGGGCCACGGCGUCGGGGUUCGACACCAAGGAAGGGGGAGCGUACGCGCUGGUGACCCGCGCGGGGCCGUCGCACGGCAAACUCGGCGGCUACGUGCGCCGAUUGCACGCGCACUUCAAUUGGACGCGGAGGGCAAUGCUGCUGUUCAACGACGAGAAGACGGAUGACCGGCCCUGCUUCUUCGCCACCGAGGGCAUCUACCAGGAGCUCACCAAGUUGGAGAACAUCACCGUCGAGCACUUUCCCUUCAAGGAGAGCGAGGGCGUGGACCGCCACAAGAUCCUCCAGGAGGUCAAGAAGAAGGGCCGCAUCGUGUACUUCUGCUGCUCGGCGGCCGUGUUCAGGCAGACGAUGGUGCAAGCGCACGCGGAGGGCAUGACGGCCGGCGAUUACGUCUUCUUCUACGUCGAUCCGUUCAGCGAGUCUCUGAGCGAGAGCAAUGUCUCAGAGUCACGCAAACCCUGGAAACGUGGCGAUGAGUUUGACGAGCAGGCGAAGGAAGCCUACAAGGCUGUUAUGAUCAUUUCUUAUCGUGAACCUCAGAACAUCGAAUACAAAGACUUUGUUGUAAAGUUAAAGGAACGGGCUAAGGAGCAGUUCAAUUUCACGAUUGAAGACACGCUGAUGAAUUUAAUAGCGGGCUCCUUUUACGACGCCAUCAUGAUGUACACGGCAGCGCUGAACAAGACGCUGUCUUCGGGAGGUGGCGUGCACGAUGGUCACGCAAUUACCGAGCACAUGUGGAACAGGACGUAUCGUGGUGUGACUGGAGAGUUCACCAUAGACCGAAACGGUGACAGGGAAACUGAUUUUUCUCUUUGGGAUCUGACAGACAUGAACACUGGGGAGUUUAAUGUAGUUAUCAGCUACGAUGGGGCAUCCGGUAAGCUUAUCGAGGUCCCAGGCCUGGAGAUUCAGUGGCCUGGGGGAUCCAUCCCCAAAGACGUCCCACUGUGUGGAUUUGAGAAUGAGGCCUGCAUCUCCGGUGGAUUUUCAACCAUGGAGGUUUUAAUGAUUGUCUUCAGCCUCAUACUGCUGGUAGUUGCAGUAGCGUCCUUUCUCAUAUACAGGAAGCUUAAGUUGGAAAAGGAGCUGGCCAGCAUGCUGUGGCGACUGCGCUGGGAGAACAUCCAGGUCAGCAGCCUGGAGAAAGCGCGGCGCAGUGCCGGCAGCAAGCUUACCCUUUCCAUGAGGGGCUCCAGCUGUGGAUCACUACUCACCACACAGGGAAGGAACCAAAUGUUUGCGAAGACGGGGUACUACAGGGGAAAUCUGGUUGCCAUAAAGCCAAUCAACAAAAAGAAGAUUGAGCUGACCAGAGAGGUGUUGUUUGAGCUUAAACAUAUGAGAGAUGUUCUGAAUGAGCAUUUGACAAGGUUUGUGGGAGCAUGCAUCGAUCCCCCAAACAUCUGUAUUGUCACUGAAUAUUGUCCACGGGGCAGCCUACAGGACAUUUUAGAAAACGAAAGCAUUACGCUGGAUUGGGUGUUCCGAUAUUCCUUAAUCAAUGACAUAGUGAAGGGAAUGCUGUUCCUGCACAACAGUGUUAUUGGAUCACACGGAAGCCUCAAAUCCUCCAACUGUGUGGUGGACAGCCGAUUUGUCCUCAAGAUCACGGAUUACGGGCUGGCCAGCUUCCGUUCAUGCAGUGAAUGCGAGGAUAUGCACUCCCUUUAUGCAACGCUGUCACGUGCUGUACUGUACUGGGCGAUCACGGAGCAGCACCAUGAGCAAACUGAAACCGUGAUCGUGGAAACUGAUGGGUCAGAGAAGCUUUGGACAGCACCAGAGCUUCUGCGUUUAGAGCACCCACCUCCACAAGGCACCCAGAAAGGUGAUGUCUAUAGCCUUGGCAUAAUCCUGCAGGAGAUUGCCUUAAGAAAUGGAACCUUCUAUGUGGAGGGGAUGGACCUCAGCCCUAAAGAGAUUGUACAGAAAGUGAAGAAUGGCCAACGUCCAUACUUCCGGCCAUCCACGGAUGAAUCUUGUCACAUUGAGGAGCUUGGGCUUCUCAUGCAACGCUGCUGGGCCGAAGACCCAGCGGAGCGACCGGAUUUCAGUCAGAUCAAGAUGCUCAUUCAUAAAUUCAACAAAGAAAACAGCACCAACAUUUUGGACAACCUGUUAUCCCGCAUGGAGCAGUAUGCAAACAACCUGGAGGAGCUGGUCGAAGAAAGGACACAGGCCUACCUGGAAGAAAAGCGCAAAGCUGAGGCCCUCCUCUAUCAGAUUCUACCACAUUCCGUGGCGGAGCAGCUGAAGCGUGGAGAGACGGUGCAGGCCGAGGCCUUUGACAGCGUCACCAUUUACUUCAGUGACAUCGUGGGGUUCACGUCUUUAUCAGCUGAAAGCACUCCCAUGCAGGUGGUCACUCUGCUGAAUGAUCUAUACACAUGCUUUGAUGCCAUCAUCGAUAACUUUGAUGUAUACAAGGUGGAGACAAUAGGAGAUGCCUAUAUGGUGGUGUCGGGGCUGCCCGUGCGGAAUGGGAAGCUCAACGCCAAAGAGAUCGCCCGCAUGUCCCUGGCACUUCUAGAUGCCGUGAAAACAUUUAAAAUACGGCACAGACAAGAAGACAAGCUCAAACUGCGGAUAGGCAUUCACACAGGUCCAGUCUGUGCCGGUGUCGUAGGACUCAAAAUGCCGCGCUUCUGUUUGUUUGGUGACACCGUAAACACUGCUUCGCGCAUGGAGUCCAAUGGUGAAGCUUUAAAAAUUCACGUUUCACAAACUACAAAGGAAGUUUUGGAUGAGUUUGGCUGUUUCAGGCUGGAGUUGCGCGGUGAUGUGGAAAUGAAGGGAAAGGGGAAAAUGAGGACAUAUUGGCUUCUGGGAGAAAUUGAGGAAAAUCCAGAAGCGUAACAAAUGAUUCAACCAAGAUGUAAAUAUUUUACUAUAUUUGAUCACAUGAAUUAUUUUUGAUUGUAACCUUCCUUGAAGAGCAGAUGGAAUUGUUUCUGUUUAUUAGUACUG